CUUCUUCCCUUAAUUUGUCUCGCUUGCACAUAUUUAGAACUGUGUAGAGAAAGACCUUUGAAAGAGAAACAUAUUCUGUCAAAGCUCUGUGUCGGGUCUCUCUCAGUAGCGGGUGGAGGUGGCAGUAGAGAGAGAGACAUUCCUUUCUACUCUCUUUCAUCCAUUUUUGCGCCACCUUUUUUCCCGCCCAAAAGCUUCCCCACCAAUUCAGCCCAUCCCGACAAUGAGAGCUUAUGAUACAGAAAACAAGCUUCUCCAAUAAUUUUUUGCUUUUCAAUUUUUUCUCGUAUUUUUUAUUAUUAUUAUUAUAAUUAUCGGCAGGGUUUCUUCCGUUUCUUAUUUAACCCUACAUGCUUUCUGUUCUUCUAUUCCCCAGCCUUUCUUGUCUUUGAUGCCCUCGGGAUUAGAUCCCUACUCGACAGCCUCGGAGACCGUUUCUGGGAUAGAGAACCAGUUUUGGUUCAAUUCCCGAGGAUAAUUAAGUGCAAGUCUUUUACACUGUCGUGUCUUUGUCUCUUGUCUGAUUAAUUAAGGGGCUUCUCGAUAGCUGGGAGUUAAGCUGAGAAAAUAACCAGAUAAUAAUUUUGGAUAAAAGGGUUUCCUCCUCUGCCGCCCCAGAUCUGCGGGUUACAAGAACUAGAGCCCUACUUGCUUGAUCUGUGAGCUCUCUCUCUCUCUCUCUCUCUCCAAUAGUCGUCGUCUUCGUCAUUUUCAUCUUCUUCUUCUCGAUAUUAUACAACUUAUACAGGACUAAUAUAAGAACGUAGUGGAAGGGUAUGAAUACUUUUUCGCAUGUUCCCCCUGGUUUUCGGUUUCAUCCAACCGAUGAAGAACUUGUUCAUUAUUACCUUAGGAAGAAAGUCACCUCACGAAGGAUUGAUCUAGAUGUCAUUAAAGAUGUUGACCUCUAUAGAAUUGAGCCUUGGGAUCUUGAAGAGCUAUGCAGGAUAGGAACAGAAGAACAAAAUGAGUGGUACUUUUUUAGCCAUAAAGAUAAGAAGUAUCCAACAGGAACUCGGACAAAUAGAGCCACAGCAGCAGGAUUUUGGAAAGCGACAGGAAGAGACAAGGCAAUAUACUCUAAGCAUGAUUUAAUCGGAAUGAGAAAGACCUUAGUCUUUUACAAAGGUCGUGCCCCAAAUGGACAAAAAUCAGACUGGAUAAUGCAUGAGUACCGACUAGAAACAGAGGAAAACGGGACUCCACAGGAAGAAGGUUGGGUUGUCUGUAGGGUAUUCAAGAAAAGGAUAACAACCGUGCGUAAAGUGAGCGACCACGAAUCGUCUUGGUACGAUGAUCAAGCCUCAUAUAUGCCGGACUUGGACUCACCUAAGCAGAAUUCACAGUCCAAUAAUAUGGUGUUCCAGCAGCCACCUUAUCCAUGCAAGAAAGAGCUUGAUCAUUUGCCCUACCACAUUCAUCCCCACGAACACUUCCUCCAGCUCCCACUUCUAGAGAGCCCAAAGUUGCUCCACCAACCAGCUGCCACUUUAAGCUCCAAUAACUGUUUGGCAGCGUUUGGAAUAGACAUAAACCAGGCCACCACUGUGCAGUCCUCAUCAAUCUCCCAAGAAGAGCAAAACUUCCAUCCUGUUUAUAGUAAUAAUUGCAUUAACGAGCAAGCGGUGGAUCAAGUCACAGAUUGGAGAGUCCUUGACAAGUUUGUUGCUUCUCAACUCAGCCAAGAUCAUGAUCAUCAUCAUGUAUCCAAGGAAAAUAGCUACACAAAUGCUGCCAACAACAACAAUAUCUUUCAAGCAUCGGGCAACACGACUGCUCUACUCGUCAGACAUUUGGAAAAGCAGGAAAUGGUGCUGGAAAAGUCCUCUUUGUCAACAUCUGAUUGUCAAAUUGGGUUGUGGAAAUGACACACCUACUUAAAGUACUUGAAUGGCCGUAAUAUACAUACUGAUACUAGGAGAUUAAGUUUGAGUACGUAGGAAAAAUGAAGUAAUGAUCCCAAUUCCUGUACAUAAUGAACUAAGACAUAUGAAUAUAUAUGUUGGUGAGCCUCUAGUUCCCUCCCUCCCCCCAGUAUUAAGUUAAUACCACCCCAUCUAGUUGGUGAAAACCCUAGUCCUUGUGUGAUGAAGAUGUCUAGGGUGGAGUACUGCAUGUGUAGUUGAGUGGUUGGAGUCGCAUCAUGGUUUGCAUGUAGUUGGGCUUUAUAUUAUUUCCGCCCAAAGAAAAAAGGGGUUUUCUUAUGUAGCCUAAGAAUUACUUACAGCCAUGCACAUGCAUGAUGCGCCGCUGUCCAUGGUCGGCCGGAUGGUCGAUCACAGCUAUGUUUUUAUGCUUAACUAGAUGAUUUAGUUUUAGAAUA